CAGACCCCUCGUAUAAUAAUACCACAAGCGUAUCAGUGUGGGCCCCAGCGGGCAGAGCCAUGGUAACUCCAAAGGACUACAUGUCUUUCAUUGAAGCGUUCUUGCCUGAUAUAUUUGAAUCAUUAUGUGAUACAGUCAGUUCUGUUGGUCGGGCCAAUAAACGGAUCAAGAAAUCUGUUGAUAGAACACUUCAGUUUCUUGAUGAGUCUUUGCAGAUUAGAGAGGAAAAUGAGAAAUUAAAGUCCAUUCCGAUAUUAGGAGCCAUUGAAGGCAGUGAUGUAAUGGAAGAGAGAAUCAGAUCAGCAAAGGAAACUGCUUUGAGACCAGUUGAUGGGUUUGUUAUUGAAGGGUUUCAGUUGGAUCAUAACAAAGAGGCAAUGGGAAAUACUAUUAGUACAGUCACUGGUUUACUGCCGAGUGAAAAGAUAAGAUUUAUCAACGGACUCUAUAGACCAA